AUGUCCCGGUCCGAACAAGAACGUAAUGUGUGGUCGAGAUCGUCGUCGGUCAGCGUGGCAUCGACAAAUGGAUCGGAAUCGGGUUUUGACCCGGAGGACGGUUCAAGACGGAUGGGAGCACUCUUCGACGCUGUUCUGGAUGGUAGUGACGAGACGCAAUUGGCAGACACCACCAUCAAGAAACCCAGCAAAGGAAAGCAACCGCUUGAAGGUCGUCGGGCUGAAACGUAUGAGGAGCAUCGUCCGGCACCGUCGAGCUCGAAUCUAAAUGCUCAAGCGGCGGGAGGACACCGACAAUCGCAAAAUAUCCGUCAUCAUGCACCCCACCAAGUACAGCUGACCGUGGCCAAAAGAGAAUACCAGGAGUUUCAAGCGGCAAAAGUUCGCCUAGAGCAAGCGAAGCUGAUAAGUCAAACGGUGGUGAAUAUCAAUAAUUGUUGGAAACCCGAAAACGUCCUGAGCGCGGAUGGUUCGAACUUCUUGCAGUGGACACGGGAACUUCGUGAAAUUGGAGCGUCACAUCUCUCCGAGGCCAAUUUUUUCUUCAGCCGUUGUGACAACUCGACGUUCAAAAAGAUUGGUCGGCUAUUCAUUUUUGCGGGUGUACACCAGGAUCUUGUCCCCGACAUUCAACCUCUCGGAAAGACCGUCGAUAUCUAUGAUUUUUUGAAAAAGAAGUUCACCGCCAACUCGCGCGCAGCGCAGAUGAACAUCUGGCGCAGGCUGAACGGUUUGACAAUCAAGCAUACGGAGCCAUCGACCGCCCUAGUCACUCAUGUCCGCGAUUUGUACACUGAACUUAAGGGACUCAACGGUCGACUCUGCUCAGACGUGGUUUUCGGCUUCUUGUUCCAGACGGCUGUGAUGCAAUCGGCGGCGCCUUUCAAGAAGGAAUUUGAACAGCGUGUGGAGAACGCAAUUCAGAAUGAUCCGACUAAAUCUUUCCCAAAAUUCGAGGCGAUCGUUCACAACUAUAACAUCAGCCAGAAACAAUGGGUUGAGUACUCAUCUCAAGCUUCGGUUGCUUUAGGACCCCAAAUGCCGUCGGUCAUGGAGGCGACAACGGACUCAGAUGAUUUCGAUUUUGAUGCGUUCCUGGCUGACGUCCCUCAAGACAACUGGUCGGAAGCCCUAGAGUUCUACGCUGCAACUGCCAUCAAGUGCUGGCAGUGCAAAUCGCCCGGCCACUACGCCCGAGAUUGUACGCAGCGGGCUGGAGAUCAUCAAGCAGCAAAGAGACGAGGUGGAUCCGCUGGCACUCAACAUCAAGCAAGUUCCCAUCGGCAGUUAGCAACUUUUGUUGGCUCGCUGUACACUCAACCAGCGACCCAAUCAACGCCUGGCCGUUCUCCGAAUGCCCCCCCUUCCCAUUUCCAAACUCAGGCUAAGCGACUAGCCGACUUCUACCGACCACGGUAUCAACAACAACCAACAGCUUCUCAACAUCAACAAUCGCACAAAGGGGGGGCAUCAGCUCAGGUAAUGGAGAUUGGAGAAAUUCCAGAUGAUCUUGAUGAUCUGGAUUUUAGGGCAAUGACGUUAGGAGAGGAUAUUGUGAGUGCCAAUGUUAUUUUUGAUACUGGUGCUUCCCAUCACUUCUCUGGUUCCCACUCUCUUCUCCAUGAUUUCCGUCACCUCUCUAAACCUUUACCGCUCUCGGUAGCUACCACCGCCGACCAAUCCUAUAUUACCGGAGUGGGGAACCUGAAGUUCAGAGGCCCAAAUGGCCUUAUUAUAGUCAUUCGAGGGGUACUUUUCUGUGAGCAAGCCAGAUCCAACUUAAUCUCAAUGGCUGCGCUCCGGAAAUCUAAAGCUUCUGUUCUGUAUGAUAAUGACAGGGAUGCGUUCGAGAUUUUCAACGGCGCAGGGGACCAUGCUUUUAGCUGCCUACUGGACAAGUCCAGAAACCGUUGGUGUUUAUCAUACCCUUUCUUACGCAGCGACGGAGGCGGGCCAAAUGGGGAUGUUUCUGUUUUUGUCUCUUCUAUCAACCUUUCUGCCAAUAACAAAACAGCGGAGCCUACUCUAUCAUCAACCAUUCCGCUUUUUGAUUUCCCUGUCUCUUCUUGCCCUUCUGUUAUUCUUCCUUCUUCUUCCAAUAAUCCAGAAAUAAAUGCUGCUAAAGCCAAAUUUAACAAUGAAGAGUUUUUUAAAGAGCCGAUUGCAAAGAUUGAUAAUUUCCAGUGGAAACCGGAAUCACUAUCCAAGGAGGAAAAGCAACUUCUGUUUUGGCAUCGUGUUUUCGGCCAUGCUGGACUGCGCACUCUGCGGAAACUUAUCAAGGAAGGCUUAGGCGAAGGACUUCCGAAAUCUUUACCACAUGGGUCUAUCCACUGUCCGGUUUGCGCCAUUAGCAAAAGCACAGCCAUAAAUACGCUAAGCUCCACUAAACGUGAAAUCAAACGCAUGGAAAUUCUGGCUGUAGAUCUUAUUGGACCUUUUGAGGUUGAAGCAAUUGAUGGCAGCAAAUAUCUGCUAACGCUUCGGGAUGCAGCAUCAGGCUACUGUUUCGUCAAACCAAUCAAGGCAAAAUCUGACUCGAACAAAGUGAUUAUGGACACAAUCACCCGUCUGGAAAGGAUAACGACAAAUAAGGUGAAGCUUCUGUGA